AUGUCGAAACCUGUUCUAAAAGCUUCUGAUAUCACUGAUGAAUUAAGAGAUGAGAUCUUCGAAUUGAGUUCAAAUGCAACGGCGAAUUAUAAAUUGGAAAGAGAGAUCGCAGCAUAUAUCAAGAAACAAUUAGAUGUGUCACAAGGAGAAACUUGGCACGUAAUUGUGGGUAAAAAUUUCGGAUCAUACGUCACUCACGAAAAGGGCUACUUUGUUUACUUCUACAUUGGCCCAUUGGCAUUCUUGGUGUUCAAGACGGCCUAG